CCACAAUUCCUUCAUCUUUCACUACGGUCUUAGUCUUAGAGAGAGAAAAAAAGUUAGAAAGAGAUGGCUCCACUACAACCUCCAUCACCGGCACUAUCACCAUCACCAACCCAAACUCUCCACCACCACUUCACCCACCCAAACCACCCCCUCAUCAAGAUCUACACCGCCGCAGAAUACAAAUGUGACGGUUGCACACCCCUCGGCAUCGGAACCCGCCGCCACUGCUCCGCCGGCUGCGACUUCGACCUCCAUGAAUACUGGCGCCGCCUCUCCUCCACCCUCUCCUCCCCUCUCCAUCCCAACCACCACCUCUCCCUCCUCCACCACCCUGGCGGCUCUAACGGCCGCUUCUGCGACCUCUGCGACCACCUCGUCAACGGCCUCUUCUACACGUGCCAAUCGUGUUCUUUCGACGCCCACCUCUCUGCACCCAACUUCCUUUACACGUGCGACAUGCGUUUCACCCCCAACACGUGCUCACUCUUCAGCCGGACGGGCCUGGCCAUUGGUGUGAUCUCUGCCGACGUGGAUGUUCCACGUGGCGGUACAGGUGUGGGGCCUGUGACGUCGACGUCCACGUGGAUUGUGUUAAGGGGCCAUCGGAUGUUAUGGCAGGGCGGUGACUGGGCGGGUUCCGACCACUUGGGUCCCGCCACCGCCACUGCCACUCUGCCGGCUACUGGGUAUCUAAAUCAGCACCACAACCACCACUGCGGCUACUGGGUAUCUAAAUCAGCCGGUUUACGGUUAUAG